AUGGCAUCAACAAAUACAUGUCUUUUCAGUGCCGUUUCUCCUGCGGCUCGUGAUUUGACUCUCCUUUUGAGAUGUAUCGCAUUUGGCUCGAAGACUCGAGUCCGUCUAACUUCCGAGGGCUUGCGUUUCAGCGCUCAGGAGACCACUUUUGUGUUCCUUUCAAGAUCGUUGUUCACAACUUGGAGUUACCGGGAUCCUGAAGCCGCUGAGGACGACCAAGUCGAGGACUCUCCUCAGCCGCCAACUUUUCAGAUAUCUCUGCCUGCCUUGCUCGAGACAUUACAGAUCUUCUCUCUAGGCGACAGUAAUGCCUUCCGUCAACAACAAGACCCAUACGACACUUUCAAUGCUUUCAGACAGAACCGCAACGCGAAUGAUCCCUUUUCUGCCUCUGCACUUGGAUCGUCUGGUCUCUGCCGUAUUUCAUACGACAACCGCGGCAGCCCUCUGUCAAUUCAACUUUCAGAGGCAGACGUUACCACCAGCUGUGAUCUCACGACUUAUGAGGCCGAAUCAACGGAGGACAUUCCGUUCGAUCGAGAAAGCCUGGCUCUCAAAACCAUCAUGCGGUCGGCGCAUCUGGCUGAUGCGAUAUCAGAACUUGCUUCUACGAAUCCUACCAGUCUCUCCUUGACGGCCUCGCCCACAGUACCACACAUGUCGCUAUCAGCCACUGGUCCGCUAGGCUCGGCCACUGUUGACUUCAACAAAGAUCAAGAUCCUCCACUGCUCGAGACCUUCCAAUGCCCGUCUCGCUUCCGCACCACAUAUAACUUCCGACACAUCAAGGCGGUCUAUCGUGCCAUGGUUUCUGCCUCAAAGGUCAGUGUCCGCGCAGACGAGCAAGGUGUUUUGAGUCUUCAGUUCUUGAUCGAAGUGGAUCCGACCGCACAAGCAGAACCGGGCACGGAGGGCAUAGCCUUUGUAGACUUCCGGAUUGUGCCUCAGGUUGAAGGAGAAGUGCCACAGGAUGACUCGGAGACCGACGAUGAAUGA